AUGGAUUUGGAAUCGGUUAAUAGACAAUUCCUGUUGGAAUCUCAAGGAUUUUUAGAACCCAUAUCAUCAUCCGGAAGUGGUGGGGGUGGUGGUGGUGGUGGUGCGGGUUCUUGUACUUCAAGUUCAUCGGCACAUAGCGAUUUAUUUUUUUACGAUGAUAGUUCAAAUUCGGAAAUGUCAACAUAUUCUUACGGUACCGACGAUGAAAACAGUCCGGAAAGUGCAGGAAGUUCGAAUAGAAGAAUAGUUAGACAUAGAAGAAGGAGUAAAUGUUUACAACAGCAAGUUCAACAAAGGCAAGCAGCUAAUUUAAGAGAAAGAAAAAGAAUGCAAAGCAUAAACGAUGCUUUCGAAGGUUUGAGAGCACACAUACCGACAUUACCCUAUGAAAAACGUCUUUCUAAAGUUGACACACUUAAAUUAGCCAUCGGUUACAUUAAUUUUUUAAGCGAAUUAGUAAGAAAUGAUAAAAAUGGAGAAAAUGGUUUAAGUUUAAAAACGGGUAAUUGCAAUCAUAGAGAAGAACCUAAAAAAAUUCUCGUUCGAGGAUAUUACGGAGGUACUCAUAGUCUUUCGUGGUCUAGUAACAAAGAAAACGGUUGUAAUGGUAUAAUGCAUGCUAAAGUUUGGACACCUGAAGAUCCACGUGCAUCAAAAUCAACGUCAACCGCGGGAAAUUAUUCAUCGUAUUCAAAUUAA